GUGGGUACGCGCAUAAGCAUGCCCAGACACGCUGAGAGCGUCUAUAAAAGGCAAGCAAGAGCGAGGGACUUCACUUUCGAGUGAUCAAAGGCAUCGCGAUGGAGCAGAACCGACAGAGCAAGAGCGGAGGAGACGCGAAAAAACUUCGCCUGAUUGACGGAGUGGUACUGCUCUUCGUUGCAGCUCUGGCGGCCUUCUCGAUAUUCCAGCAGGUGCAGAUCCAUCGGCUAAGCAAGGAACUGGCCAGUAUGAGACAAGAGCAUCAAAAAAGCAUUAAGAAUAUGAAUUUGAGCGAAAAAGUACAUAAUUGGCUAAGACAUCGACGAAGUGCACAAAGUGUUGCCGAAAGUAACGAGGAUUACCAAAUCAUACAGAACAUGUUUAAGACACUGGAGAUGUUCAAGAAAGAGAUUGAACAACGACGAAAGAAUGACGCUCGUGUUUGCAACAGAACAAUCGUCUGCACUGGGGCCAAAGGGGGGCGAGGACCAGCGGGGCCACCGGGAGCCAAGGGUGAGCCUGGUUACACCGUCUUCGCACAAUCAGCAUUCACCGCUCCCCGCAAAGGCCAAAAAGGCGACAUUGGACCAAGGGGACCGCCAGGGCCAUCGAUUGAGAAACCAAGGAUACUUGCGAAACCGAGGGAUGUGACAGCUCAAGAAGGCUCAUCAGCGAAGUUUUCAUGUGUGUCUUAUGGAAAUCCCAAGCCUGAAGUCGAGUGGAUGUUCAAUGGUGAGGGUGUGGCCGCUAAAACGGGGAGAAUACGACUGGAUGGCAAUGGUGCAUUGCACGUUGAAAAUCUGGCGGCAAACGAUGCUGGUACAGUCAUGUGCACGGCAACUAACUUCCUUGGCAAAGUUACUGCAGAAGCCAAGAUUGCUGUCCACACUCCUCCUUCAUUGACGGUUGGAGAAGAAAGAGUCAUGGCGGACCUCGGAAAGCAGGUCGAACUGACGUGUAGUGCUACUGGGAUUCCUGCACCUUUGAUCAAUUGGAAGAGAAUCAAUGGCACCUUACCGGAAAACGCAGAAGUGACGUCAGCUGGUAGUCUUGUUAUAAAGAACGUAAAAGAGAGCGACGAGGGGACCUAUAAAUGCAUUGGGCAAAACGCAGCAGGGACGGCACAGGCGACCACGUUGGUGCUUGUCAAAAUUCCACCUACUGUUGGACUUGUGUCCCGAGAAGUUCUAACCUACACCGGAAUGGAGGCUAUGGAACUUAUAUGCAGGGUGACAGGCUUUCCAAAACCGGAAAUAAAAUGGGAGCGAGUUGAUGGAGAAAUGCCAAAAAAUGCUGUCACUACGCAAGAAGGAAACCUGGUACUUGCAAAAGUGACAAAAAAUGAUGAGGGAACAUACAGAUGCGUUGGUGAAAACUCUGCCGGGAAAUCAGAAGGCUUGGCUGAAAUUCGAGUGCAAAGUGUUCCCGAAGGCAGCAGACCAAAGAGCUGCAAAGAGGUGCUUGCAUCUGGCAAUGGAAUCAGCGAUCAGUAUCUGAUAUGGCUAAGUGACACGAAACCAAUUCUAGCGUACUGUGACAUGGACACCGAAGGAGGAGGUUGGACUGUGAUCCAGAAACGAGUCAAAGACAACAUAAAUUUCAAUCGAGGCUGGGAGGAUUAUAAGCUCGGUUUUGGUGACGCGAGUGGAAGUUAUUGGCUUGGAUUAGAGAAGAUAAGAGAGCUCACGAAAAAAGGCGCUGUUCUAAGAAUCGACCUUGAAGAUUUCAAAGGAAGCAAAGUGUAUGCAGAGUACAGCUUGUUCAAAGUGGACAGUGAGUCAGACUUAUUCAGAAUGCAUGUUUACGGGUACUCUGGAAAUGCCAGCGAUUCCCUGUCCUACCACAACAACAUGCCAUUCUCAACGAAAGACAGGGACUAUGACAAGCACGCUUCGCGCCACUGCGCAGUGUACUAUAGCGGUGGGUGGUGGUACCGGGGCUGUCACAAAUCAAAUCUUAACGGGAUCUACCCAACAGACAGUCAGAAUCACCCAUCAGCAAUUUCGUGGUAUUAUCUCAAAGGUCAAUAUGGCUUCAUUAAAGCUGUAGAAAUGAAGGUGCGCAGUUUGAUGUAAAACAAUGUGAUGUGAACUGUAGCACGGGUCUGUUCAGAGAAAACGAACGCUUGAAACUAUACUUCCUUGUAUUAUUAAAUGUCUUAAUGUGAUAUAGUGCUUGCUUUUAAGAUUUUAUCUCACCUGAAUCGAAAACACUUUCUGUCUCUUCUA